AUGGAUAUUUCAUCCAACGUGGGGUGCCCUGGCCCCUUCAACUUCAGCCCCUGUGACGAUGCUACUGAGGGUCUUUCCUCGGGAGCUCAUGUCCAGGGCCGGCCCGCUGCCCGGAAGCGUCGCCCCUCUCACUUCGCGCAGAGGAGGAAGUCCAUUGUCAACCAGAUAAUGGACGGGGAGGACGAGCUGCUCCUCAAGUUGGACCUGUUCCUGACCGAGCUGGAACGGCGGCUUGAGUAUUGGGAGACUUACGGAGAGCUCAGCCUGGAUUCAGGCAUUUCGGCCGCUCUCGACACCCUGCAGGCCGUCCGAACUCGAUGUUCCCAAGUCUCGGGAGAAGCCAUGGGUGCUGGCCGUAGGAGGCUGCACGUCAUGGUGGAAACCGUCGAAUCUGCGUAUCACGAGGCUAUGGCCGCCGCAGGUUCGCUAAACGAAAAAGCCAAAGUCGGAAUCGAGCUGCUCAACGAGGUGCUGCAGGACCUGGAAAAUCAGGCGCUCAAGUUCCGAGAGAAGGGCUUGGCGAAUGCCGCCGAGAGCCUCAUGGAUGAAGCCCAUCGCGUGGUCGACGAGGGUAUCGGGAGGGCACUCCGCGCGGCUGAGUCACUGGAGGACCACGUCCAGCGAGCCAUCGCUCGCGCCAGAGAGCAUGGCCUCCUCCGCUACGACGAGCUGCCGGUGCCGUGGAGGAUAAACCCACACAUCAUCAAGGGCUACCGCUUCUCCGAGACAAAGUUGGCCUGUGUGAGGUCGGCCUUUGGCUUCUCCAACGAGCUUGUCAACAUAUGGUCCCAUGCCAUUGGCCUCAUCCUCGUCCUUGCCCUGGCAUUCUACUUCUACCCGACGAGCUCCAAUUUCUCGCUGAGCUCGAAGGCCGACAUCUUCAUUGCCGCCAUCUUCUUCUUUGCCGCGUGUCAGUGUCUGGUCUGCAGCGUCAUCUGGCACACGAUGAACUCGGUUGCCGACGUCAGCCUCAUCUCAAUGUUCGCCUGUGUCGACUAUACGGGUAUUUCGCUUUUGAUUGCGGCGUCCAUCAUGACUACUGAAUACACCGCCUUCUACUGCGAGCCCGUGAGCCGCUGGAUCUACAUGGUUACCACGGCUAUCCUGGGUGUUGGCGGCGUCAUGCUCCCGUGGCAGCCCUGGUUUAACGCUCCGGACAUGGCAUGGGCGAGAGUUGCCUUUUUCGUUGCCCUAUCGGCGACGGGCUUUCUCCCGGUCCUUCAGCUCUCCGCCACACGCGGCCUGGAGACAACCUUUGAGUUCUACACGCCGAUUGCAAAGAGUCUUCUCGUUUACUUCGUCGGCGCGCUCGUCUACGCCAGCAAGGUCCCGGAGCGUUGGUGCCCUGGCAUGUUCGACUACGUUGGGGGCAGCCAUAACCUUUGGCAUAUCGCAGUGUUAGGGGGCAUCCUCUUUCAUUACACAGCUAUGCAAGACUUCUUUUCGCAUGCCUUCAGGCUCGCCACGGACGGAUGCACGGCAUACUAA